GGAGGCGGGGCGGGGAGGUCGCCCGGCUCCCAAGAUCGCCGUGUCCUGCGCCUUCGCUUUCGUUUCCCCGGCGCAGCGGAGGGCGGGGACACCGGGGCGCCCAUGGCCUUGGGGAUCCGCCCGCGCUGGCCCGGGCCGCUGAGGCGCCUGCAGGGCCCGCGGUGGAAGCAGAGCGGGACGUGCGCUCCUGCCAUGGCCCCACUGCGCCGCUUCGCCCUGGAGCUCCCGGACUGCAGCCUGGCUCACUUCGCCCUGGAGGACGCGGAGGCCGCUGGAGCGUACCAGGACUCGCGCCUGUCCGCGCUGCUGGGGCCCCCGGGGCGUAGCUUCGCUCUGUGCGCGCCUGCGGUAGCUGGGGGCGGCUGCGUGGCACAGGUACGGGCUGCGCGCGUGCACCAGCAGCUGCAGCUCCAGCUGCGCAAGGGGGAGCCCUUCCAGCAGUGCCAGCUGCGCAGGCUGCUCGGCUACAGCCCUGGAGACCCGGCUGCCGGCGCCCAGCACGGCUUCCUGCUGCGGGACCCCCUAGCGGGCCCGGACACGUGGCGCGCGUUGCUCGAGGUCCUCGUCGCCUGCCCAGAGCUCGCGCGUCCGCACCUGGGCGAGUUCGAGGCGGACGCGAGCGGCGCGCUGUGGCUGCGGUUCUGGGAGUUGCACGGGGGCGCGCAGCGGCAGGUGAGCUGCGCACGCGUGGUGCCUGUCCCAGAGCCCCCGUUGCACCCGGUGGUGCCGGACCUGCCCAGUUCCGUGGUCUUCCCCGACCGGGACGCCGCCCGUGCAGUUUUGGAGGAGUGUAUCCCCUUUAUUCCGGAAGCCCAAGCGGUGCUUAACCUGGUUGAUCAGUGUCCGAAGCAGGUGCAGAAAGGAGAGUUUCCAGUCAUCGUCAUUGAAGGACUGGAUGCCACUGGUAAGACCACAGUGACGCGGUCCAUUUCAGAGGCACUUGGGGCGGUGCUCUUACAGUCGCCCCCUCCUUGCAUUGGCCAGUGGAGGAAAAUCUUUGAUGAUGAACCAAAUAUCAUUAGAAGAGCUUUUUACUCUCUGGGCAAUUACAUUGUGGCAUCUGAAAUAGCUGAAGAAUCCACCAGGUCUCCUGUGAUUGUAGACAGGUACUGGCACAGUACGGCCACCUAUGCCAUUGCCACCGAGGUGAGCGGGGGUCUGCAGCACCUGCCCCCAGCUCAUGACCCUGUGUACCAGUGGCCACAGGACCUGCUCAGGCCCGACCUGGUGGUGCUGCUCACUGUGCGUCCCGAGGAGAGGGUGCAGCGGCUGCAAGGUCGGGGCCUGGAGAAGACCAGGGAAGAGGCGGAGCUGGAGGCCAACAGCAUCUUUCGUCAAAAGGUGGAAACGUCAUACCGCAGGAUGGAGAACCCGGCCUGCCAUGUGGUGGACGCCAGCCCCUCAAGGGAAGAGGUCUUGCAGACAGUUGUACACUUGAUCCAAACCACUUGUCAUUAAUUUGUCCUGCUCUGGCCAGAUGCUGCCUUGUUCCAGAAUGUAUAUCCUGCACUUUGUGCUAGGCAGCGUCCCUAAAUUUCUAUGGCACAGGCAUAUUGUGUGGCAGAAAACCGGACAGCAUGUUGUUGUUCACCUUCCUUCUUCAGCCGCUGUCUUCCCCGGUGGCUGAUGGGCUUGGCAGACUUGUGACUGGUUCUGUUCAGCUGGAGGGUGGCAACUGCUCCAUCUUCUUGAAGCAUGAUUUGAGCCCCGUCAUUACCAACUCUGUGGUGUUUGUUUUAGCCAGAAAGCAGCAGAUCUGCAGAAGCUACCAGCAAGAUCAUUGCCCUCGGCAGAAAGUCUGCAGCCUCUCCUCCACCUAACUCCUGACUGCUGAGGGCGUCCCCUGCGGCCAGAGCUGACUUCUUCCCAGUCUGGCACAAGUCAUUGUGAAGGGUCAUGUCUCCUUUAGCAACAAAUCCUGGAGCCAAAUAUUUACCCAGAGCUUGGCUGUCCGAGACAUCCCAGGUGCCAUUUGUAGCUAGGAGAUACUUAUAAAGAAGGCAUCAAUUUUAUGUUGGAAGCUCGUAGCCCCUUCCAAUUGUCCCCUAGUCUAGCACUUCAGACUCAAAACCAUUCAACCCAAGCUGCUCUGACUGCAAAUACACCAACCUUCUGUCAUGAUAUUUUGCUUAUUUAUAUUCCCUUCCUUUUCUCUGAAAUAUGGCUUUGAAUGUAAUGAGCAGUUUGAGCUGAACUGGAUUCAUUUCACUUAGCCAAUCCAGCAAUUUAUUUAUAUUGAUGUUUACAUCAUACAUUUCCUCAGGGUAGGAGCUAUGAGUCACUAAUUAAAAUUGGAGCCAAGAAGCUAAAUGCAAUGUUUGUUGUGUAUUUUCAUUACACAAAUUUAAUUUAUCUCACUCAAUAAGCACAGUGGUUCCUGGAAUGGGAUUUCUUAGUAAAUUAUCUUGCAUGUGAAUGUCUUAAUGAUUGCACAUGAAGUCUGCUUUGAGGUCUGGUUGGCUAAAAAAAGAAGUAGCUGAGAAGAGGGGGAACCUUAAUAGCUCUCUGGCCUUGACUGCUUCAUUUUACAUUAGUAGUUUAUGUUGCUUGACCAAAAAAAGGAUAAUAAUUUUUUGUCUAAGGAGAGGGUUGAACUAGAUGAUUACCGAAAAUUCCUUCCUGUCCUAAGGUAGAUGAAUCCAUAAAAUACUGUAUUUUAAUCUUGUCUGCCAUUUCUUAAGAAGACUUUACCUCAAAAUAAUUAAAUUCAAAACCUUCCUUAUCGGGUUUACUGUAUGAAUCUUAAAUGCUAAUAAAGUUUAUCAUUGGCACCCAGUUUUCAAAGGAACUAGAGAUAAUUUGUAAUGAAUGUAUCUAUGUCUAUAAAUAUGUAACUGGUAACAGUUAAAAUAUUUUUUAAGCUGGUAAAUAGCAUUAAGGUUCUCCGCGCUGUGGUAUCUGAUUAUACUGUUGUUUUCAUUUACACGUUUUGAAAAACUGAGGCCAGCAAUUGAGAAGAAGCAUCUGAUAUUUUCUCUGUGUUCCUUGCAGAUGAAUAAAGUUGCGAUGUCCUCCUGUG